UACCUGCCGUUUAGGGAGGCUCUAGGUUCGGGGGAUCUAAAACGAAGAGAGUUGUGUGUCGAGUCACACAGUCCUUCCGUGGAAAAGAGAGGUAGAGAAGCUCCGCUGCUUGCAACCAUGGACGCUAAGAAAUACGUAGCCAAUUUCGGCGCAGGACCUGCCAAGCUGCCGCGGUCGGUAUUAUUGGAAGCCCAGAAAGAAUUGGUGGAUUAUAAAGGCCUUGGCAUUAGCGUCCUUGAAAUGAGCCACAGAACGUCUGAUUUUUCAAAAAUCAUCAAAACAGCUGAAAACUGCUUACGUGAACUCCUCAACAUACCAGACAAUUACAAAGUGAUAUUUCUCCAAGGUGGUGGAUCUGGCCAAUUUAGUGGCAUUCCACUUAACCUCAUUGGGCUUAAAGAAGCCAGGUGUGCUGAUUAUGUGGUUACAGGAGCUUGGUCAGCCAAGGCAGCAAAGGAGGCAGAGAAAUACGCAAAGGUGAACCUUGUGCAUCCCAAACUUUCAAGUUACACAAAAAUCCCUGAUCCAAGCACCUGGAACCUUAACCCUGAUUCCUCUUACAUCUAUUAUUGUGCAAACGAGACCGUUCAUGGUGUGGAGUUUGACUUUGUACCUGAUGUUGGAAAAGCAGUCUUAGUUUGUGAUAUGUCAUCAAACUUCCUCUCCAGACCAGUGGAUGUUUCGAAGUUUGGUGUUAUUUUUGCUGGUGCCCAAAAAAAUGUUGGUUGUGCUGGAGUCACAGUGGUAAUAGUGCGUGAGGACUUACUUGGCUUUGCUCUGAAAGAAUGCCCCAUUGUGUUGGACUACAAAGUGCAAGUAGAAAACUCUUCAUUAUACAACACACCUCCAUGUUACAGUAUCUACAUCAUGGGCUUGGUCUUGGACUGGAUAAAAAACAAUGGUGGUGCUGUGGCUAUGAAUAAACUCAGCCAAAUUAAAUCACAAAUGAUUUAUGGCAUUAUCGACACAUCUAAUGGAUUCUAUGUAUGCCCUGUGGAAAAAAAGAGCCGAAGCAGAAUGAAUGUUCCCUUCCGGAUUGGCAGCAUUAAGGGCAAUGAAGCUCUAGAAAAGGAAUUUCUUGAUAAAGCUGUAGAAAACAACAUGAUAUCUCUGAAAGGCCACAGAUCUGUGGGAGGAAUCCGUGCAUCUUUGUAUAAUGCUGUGACUAUAGAAGAUGUUGAGACGCUAGCAACAUUCAUGAAAAACUUCAUGAAGAUGCAUUCAUAACAAACUUAAGAAGUUGCCAUUGUGGUGAACCGCUUUUGAAAUAAAGCAGCAAAGAAUUGGAAACUAGAGAAAGUUAAUAUAAAAUAUUCAAUAACAUAAGUCACGUUUUUGAAACAAUAAAGAUUUUGGUAUUUUUUCUGGCCAGUCAUAUAUGGAUAGUUUUGGCUGACUUGAAGACAGCCAAGCUCCACAUUUGGCCCUAAAAUAGUGCUUAGGUUUCUGUGACUGUUCAGUGGUCCAUAAAAGGAUUGGUAAGCUUUUAAUCUUUAAACCGAUUAUAUCAGUCAUAAGAUACCAAGAAUUCUCUGAAACAUACAGUCUCAAUGCCAUACGCAAUCCAAUCUUGUAUAAAAUAUAUUUAAGUAUACUUUGUUACAUUUUCCUGAUGUUUGUUUCUUCCCUGAUUUAUUUAAUCUAAAAUCUAAACCUUAAGGAGGACUGCCAUAAGUUUGAGCUGGCCACUUUUUCAAUGUCUGAUCAUUCCAAGUACACAUCACAAACAGUGCCUAAGGAAAUUACUGCCAAUCAUGCAGACCACAGGCCUCAAACUGGCAAAUAUUUUGAAACAAUAUGCUUAAUGAGUUUUAAAGACCUGGCUCUAUUGUUACUUUCCAUAGUUAACUACACCAAGGUGCAGGAUUUUUUCCUUUUAAAACAGUAGACUGAAAAUAUUGACUUAAAUCAUUCUGACAAUCUUGUAUUCUCAGCACAAAAGUAAAAAUUCCUUUCCCGUGCUCUUCUUUUUUGAAAUCAUCACUUCCAUGCUUUUGUAAGGCUGAAUUGACUCCACACAGUUCCCCUUAUUGAUUACUUUUGGUCAGAUGUAUAAUUUUGCUUUAUCAGAAGAGGCAGCUGAAGUAAACUGGGGCUAGGUAUGUUCUGCACACUUAACUCAUAGAAUCAAAAACAAUGAAAAGAUUGGAAGGAACCAUGGAGAUCAUCUAGUCUGGCUCCUUCCCCAGUGCAGAAAUCCUGUGUGAUCUCCAUGUAAGAGAGUUGGCCUCUCUGAAACAACUCAUACUCUAAUAUUGAAUGUCCUCUUCAUAUAUUGUGAUCUUUAUACAUUUCCCAUAUUUGCACCUUGUUUUUGUGUUCUCUUUUAGCUCGCUUCUCUCACCUGUCCAAUAAUGUUUCUCAUAUAAAAAAAGUUAACUAAAACAAUUAGUUCCCCUCAAAAUGAAUUAACCAUAUUGUUAAUUCAUAACAUUGAACAAUCUCUCCCCAGCUGCAUUUUACAAACAAUAGCACAUUACAGGUAGUCCUCGCUUAACAACCACAAUUUGGACCAGAAUUUCAGUUGCUAAGCGAAGCAAUCAUUAAGCAAAUCUGACCUGAUUUUACUACCUUUUUUGCAGUGGUGGUUAAGUGAAUCAGUGUGGGCAUUAAGCAAACCACAUGGUCAUUAAACAAAUCACGCAGGUCUCCAUUGAUUUUGCUUGUCAGAAGCUGGCCUAGAAGGCCGAAAAGGGCAAUCACGUGACCAUGGGACGCUGCAGUGGUCAUAAAUGUGAACCGGCUGCCAAGUGCCCAAAAUGUCAUUAUGUAACUGCAAGGAUGCUGCGAUGGUUGUUAAGUGUGAGGACCAGUUGUAAGUCAUUUUUUUCCAGCACUGUCAUAAGUCCAAACAGUCACUAAAGAAAUGGUUGUUAAGUGAGGACUACCUGUAUAAGUAGGAGCAUAAAUUGGUUGCCUGAUCAGUUUCCAUCUCCUUAAAAUUGAAGUUUAUCAAACAGGGAACAGAUUUUCCAACUAAAUGCAGAAUUUUUAUCACAUUCAAUAUGGGUGCAGAACCAUUUUUGGGUAGAAGGCCAUAUGUGAGUCAUGGGAGAUGCAUUGAGGACUAUAUGCAGGUGGGGAAAGUGUCCAUCUCCAGAGUAAGCUGUAUUCUUAAUUCCAACCCAUUUUUAAUCAGAUUAUAUACCUCUCCAAUCAUAUUUAGGUUUAGAAGCAUUACAUUUCAAGGGACCUUCUGUCUUCCAUAGUAUCUGCCUGUCCUAUUCUGACAGUUGACAUGCUUUGGGUCUUUUGAUUAAAAAGUGUCAUCUGAUGUCAUGGUGCCUGCCAUCUGGAACAGCAUCCCCCUCUCACCCCAGAUUGUAUUGUCCCUACUCUGGCCUUGUUCAAACCUGGCUUUUCAAACCUGGCUCUUCAUCCAGCCUUGGAUUAAGUUGGGUAGCAGGCUCUUUGUGGAAAUGCUGCAUAUUUGAGGAGGUGUUGGUUUUUCUCUUUUCAGAUGUUUGCAGUUUUCGCAGUGUUGUUAAUUUGUUUUUAAUAUUGUAUGAAGUCAGUCAGCUUUACAAAUGUCGUAAAUAUAUUUUAAAGGAGAAUUGGCUUCUAUUGAGACUAAAACUGCACAACAUUCCUUCAGAAGCUGCAUUGCGCACCAUUCUGUACAGUGUUAACAUUAUUUAAACAUCUUUACUAUACUUAAUAAUAUUCCUUGUUUAUUUCUUGGUAUAAUGUCUGAAAUAGAUGUCCAUGUACCCACUUAAAGGACAUAGGUGUAUCUGCUGAUUCUAAAACAGCAAUGUUUUAUUUUUUGUAUUGCACCAUUAACUGAAAAAUAAUUAAAAAACUUAAAAUAGC